CAUCAAUGAUCAAGUAUCAAAGAACAAUAAUAUUCAGAAAAUUUUCUUUGCUUCAAACUUCUAAUUCUCCCUUCUCCAUUUCUCAAUCAAGCAAUGCCCAGAAAUGACGACGUUCAAUUCUUAUCAUCUUCCAUUAAUCUUUCUUCAAUCAAAAAUCCCCAAAUUCCCUUCUUUCACCUUCCAUUUUCUUCUCAAUCCCAAAAUACCAACCUCUCACAAUCAAAAUUCUCAACCACCCACUUCAUAAAUUCCAUUUUUUUCCCAAAAAACCCCAACAAGUUUCAAUUUUUAUCACCGCCAUUGUUAUCGUGCUCUUCAACAUUAUCCCUGAGUCGACCCACUAACUCAACUCAGUCCAAAAACCCUUCAAUUUCCUUCUGUCAAUCCCUAAAUUCUACUCUCUUACAAGCCAAAUUCUCAAUUACCCAGUUCAUUAAUGGCAUCAAACUCCACGGAAACCCCCUAAAAUUUCAAUCUUCCCCAUCACCAUUGCUAUGCUCUUCAACAUUGUCUUUGAACGAGUCAACUCAGUCUCCAUCCGGAAGUGGUAGUGUGGUUGAGGUUACUCAAUCGAAAUCGGCUUCAGUGAGUCGUACUCGAAGGGAGGAUGAAGAGAGAGUGUUGAUUAGUGAGGUGUUAGUGAGGAGCAAAGAUGGAGAAGAAUUAGAGAGAAAAGAUUUGGAAUUGGAGGCAUUAAUGGCAUUGAAAGCUUGCCGGGCGAAUUCAGCUUUGACUGUGCGAGAGGUUCAGGAGGAUGUUCAUAGAAUAAUUGAUAGUGGGUAUUUUUCGUCAUGUAUGCCAGUUGCAGUGGAUACUAGGGAUGGUAUCAGAUUGGUCUUUCAGGUAGAACCAAACCAGGAGUUUAGAGGACUUGUGUGCGAAGGAGCUAAUGUUCUCCCAUCCAAGUUUGUAGAGGAUUCAUUCCGUGAUGGAUAUGGGAAAGUGGUCAAUAUCAGGCGUUUGGAUGAAGUGAUUGAUUCUAUCAAUGGAUGGUACAUGGAGCGUGGUCUUUUUGGCAUGGUUUCUGGUGUUGAGAUCCUUUCAGGGGGUAUACUAAGGUUACAAAUUUCUGAAGCUGAGGUUAAUGAUGUUUCAAUCCGCUUCCUUGAUCGUAAGACACGUGAGCCAACUGUGGGGAAGACAAAGCCAGAAACAAUACUUCGACAACUUACAACAAAAAAAGGACAGGUAUACAGUUUAAAUCAAGGGAAAAGGGAUGUUGAAACUGUUUUGACGAUGGGAAUCAUGGAAGAUGUAAGCAUUUUUCCCCAGCCUGCUGGAGAUACAGGUAAAGUUGAUUUGGUAAUGAAUGUGGUUGAGCGUGUGAGUGGAGGUUUCUCUGCUGGUGGUGGUAUUUCAAGUGGGAUAACAAGUGGACCGCUAUCAGGUUUAAUUGGAAGCUUUGCAUAUUCUCACAGGAAUCUGUUUGGAAAAAAUCAAAAAGUAAAUGUCUCUCUUGAGAGAGGCCAAAUCGACUCUAUCUUCCGGAUAAAUUAUACAGUCCCAUGGAUUGAAGGUGAUGAUAAGCGUACACAAAGGUCAAUCAUUAUUCAGAACUCAAGGACUCCGGGUACUUUGGUCCAUGGUAAUCAACCUGAAAAUAGUAACUUAACUAUUGGCCGUGUAACAGCUGGCAUUGAAUUUAGCCGGCCCCUAAGACCCAAGUGGAGCGGAACAGCGGGACUUACGUUUCAGCAUGCUGGUGUCCGUGAUGAAAAAGGGAACCCCGUUAUAAAAGAUUUCUACAACAGCGCUCUUACGGCAAGUGGGAAUACUCAUGAUAAUAUGCUGCUUGCCAAAGGCGAGUGUGCCUACACGGGUGACUUAGGAUCCUCAAUGUUAGUAUUAAGCAUGGAACAAGGUCUUCCUAUCUAUCCUGAGUGGCUGUGUUUUAAUCGAGUCAACGCUCGUGCCAGGUCAGGGGUGGACAUCGGUCCAGCGAAUCUUUUUCUCAGUUUGUCUGGUGGUCAUGUGGUCGGUAAAUUCCCUCCUCAUGAAGCGUUUGCGAUCGGUGGUACAAAUAGUGUGAGAGGAUAUGAAGAAGGUGCCGUUGGCUCUGGCCUUUCAUACGUGGUGGGCUGUGGAGAAGUUUCCUUCCCUCUGUAUGGUCCAGUAGAUGGCGCUCUUUUUGCUGAUUAUGGAACGGAUAUCGGAUCAGGUUCAUCUGUUCCUGGUGAUCCUGCUGGUGCGAGAUUAAAACCCGGGAGUGGAUACGGCUAUGGAUUUGGUAUCCGUGUCGAGUCUCCAUUAGGUCCUCUACGGUUAGAAUAUGCAUUUAACGACAGACAAGCGAGGCGGUUUCAUUUUGGCGUUGGUCAUCGGAACUAGCAGCAGUUCUUUCUUGUUCAAUUUGUAACUCAUAAUACUUACCAAGGUUUUUGUCCUAAAGAAAUAGAAAUAGGAUAGAAAAUCAGUCCUCUUCCUCCCCUUUUUGUUUGCUUGGCGUAUAAUUGAUGAUAAUGAUGAUUUGGUUACCUGUGAAAAGGUUGGUCUAUUGAAUUUUGUUCUAUAAUAUAAGUAUAUAUACACUUGAAUUUUUUAUUUAUUUAUUUUUUUUGGCUGUUAAUAUU